CGCAAUCUCAGUCUUACCGCGCAGCCGCCGUAACAGAACCCCAGAAAGAAAACCACCGUGAAAUUAAGUAGUCCUUCAUCAAGUAUACACACACUGUACAGGGGGACGGGCACCUGCUGACACACGCCCACUACCCUCUACCCCUGGAGAAGAGGUUGACGGGUCAUUAAGGGACACGGAUGGUCAGAACCGUAGGGUCAUUCCGUCUAACUGGGCUGUUAUUGCCGCACUGUGAAUGUACAUUUGACAUACUCUGCUGAGAUAGCGGCAACGCGGAACUCACAAGUAAGUCAGAGCGAGGAUUACUGAGUGUUUCUCGGGAGGAGGAAGGGCUAUCUCGCAUCUGUGUACAGCACAUGAGACUAUUGAGCAUCUCCUACCAUGGCGCCCAGAUGGACGUGGGUGUUUCUGGCCGUACAGUUUGCAAGUCGGGCUCUGAUUGCAACAGGUGAAACAUGCAGUUAUUCUGAAGAAGUGGCGAAGAAAGGGCAGCAGGAUUUGUGGAGUGGCUUUAAAAGUACUGCGGAUCUCAGUGCAUGCCAAUCCUUCUGUGGAAGCCAGUCAGGUUGUGUAGCGGGAGAAUUCAACAGCCAUAGCUUUUCCUGCUACCUGUACAACGAGGUGCCGAUGCUCUCUGAUGACACCCAGACAACGUUCUUUCAGCGAACGUGUGUUCCAGAUCCAACUACGACAACGGUAGCAACUACUACGUCGACAAGUACAUCUACAACGCAACCAACUACUACUUCCACCACUACUUCAACAACAACUGAAUCAACAACGUCGACGUCGACAACAACGUUACCAACAACAACGACUUCUACAACUACGACAACCACAACACCAACGACAACACCGACGACUACAACUACAACCUCAACGACGCCAGCAUCAACCUCUAUAUCCACAACCACAACACCUACGACAACAUCACCGUCUACAACUACAACCACCACAACAACAACGACAAUGUCAUCAACGUCUACAACUACAACCGGCACAACACCAACGACAACAUCAUCAACAUCUACAACGAUACCUACAACCACAACACCCUCUACAACAGCAUCCACAUCCAUAUCUACAACUACAAGUACGGCAACACCGUCAACUACAUCGACGACAACCUCUAGCACAACGACAAUACCAACGACUACUACCAUACGUACUACAACGACACCAACGGCAGAGAUCACAUCAUCAUCUACAACGACAUCGACGCAGGAUGUAUCGUCAACGCCAUCAAGUUCAACGACUUCUACAGAAUCAUCAACCACGGCAGUGUCAAGUACCGUCUCUGACCCUGACAGUCUUCACAUAGCAGGCAUUGGGGUUAUAGCAGCCGCAGUGACGAGCGGGACCUUUAUUAUAGCCUUCUUCCUCACCCUAAUAUGUAUACUUAUAUUUGGCGCCAGAAGGCGUAAAAGGACCCCCCCUCGCGAGGACACGGAGAGGUCAUCUUCCGGCUGGAACUACAACAGCAAACAAGCACCUGCCGUCAUCACAACAGACUACAUCAUCUACAGGGGACCAAACUCCAUAUCGGUGUCCAAGGAAAAUAUCUCCAUAAAACAACACCCUUCGCCCCAUGAUGACCACAGGCACCACCGGUUAAAACCUUCACCCAGACUGAACUAUUUAGAUUACCAGGCUUAUGUCGGUCAAGGAUCGCCACCAACAACGAGGCCUGGAUCACCAAGUAGACGUGUGCGAGAUGCGAGUUUUAACACCAAGUUCUGAGAGAUUGUAGAUGUGCAGAGUAAACCCUGUUCCUCCGGGUGCAAGUUUUAACACCAAGUUCUGAGAGACUGUAGGUGUGCAUAAACCCUGUUCCUCCGGGUGCAAGUUUUAAGACCAAGUUCUGAGAGACUGUAGAUGUGCAUAGUAACCCCUGUUCCUCUGGGUGCGAGUUCUAACACCAAGGUCAGAGAGAAUACAGCUGAACACAGUAAACCCCGUUAUUCCGGAACCUCGUCUAUAGAACGAUUUCUGUAGCAAACAUAUUUGUCCAUGAGAUAUUAUUACACGCCCAGCGUACGAUAAUCAAUGCAAUUAUUUAUUUAUUUUUCACGAGGAAUUUUACCGGAUUUAUGGGGGUUCAGUUCAACUCAAUGACAGAGAUCUCAUGUGCAGGAAUGCGUAUUAUGCAGGGACAUCUUUCGAGAUUACAAUGGAAAGUGUUGAAGCAUGAAACAUAUCCAACGUUGACUAUCCUUGAGUAUUACUUAUGAAUAGAUAAUAUUGAACUUGCAUUUAGAAACAUUUACAUACUGGAAAAUAUAAAUAGUUCUAAAAGGAAGUUUAACAGUGAUAAAAUCACAUUAUCAUUGAAAUGUUUUGUGUAUUUGGGAGGGAUAAACACAUGUAUUUAUUGAUGCCAGCAUAUCACUCAUUAACUACAUACGUUGUCUAAUUUAUCGAGUCCCCAUAGUGCAACAAUAUGUGAUAUUUUUUUGUCUCGUGUACAUAUGUUAACCUAUUGUUUUAUAAAUUUGACAUACCAUUUGACAUACUGAUGGUGCUGAUGAUUUGAGAAGCAUGUUUUGUCAAUCUGUAUUAUAGCCGUAAUGUUGAUGAUGUAGGGAAACAUCCUUGAACUCGAUGUGUUUUCAAAUGUCGAGACGCCCUCUCAUUAAUGGGGUUCUGAUGUAUUUUAAUUUUGUGUAUUUUCUGUCAGUGUGUUGUUGAUAUAUCCAUGUAUAUUGUCUUCCCGUGCCAUAGUCGAACACCACUCACAGUUAUCGUAUAUCCCGCAUAUGUCUUGACACAGCUGGUGUCAGUUAGUGAGUGAGUUGGGUUUUACCCCGCUUUUAGCAACAUUCCAGCAACAUCACGGCGGGGGACACCAGAAAUAGCUUUCACACAUUGUACCCAUGUGGGGAAUCGAGCCCGGCGUGACGAGCGAACGCUUUAACCACUAGGCUACCCCACCGCUCCGCUUUACUUAUGACUCAAAAUCAUUCGGUAGCCUACAGGAAUUCCAGCGGCCCAUUUGUAAAGCGACCCGUCAGAUCAAGCAGACAGUAAACACACGGGAACAUAAACUGCCGAGCAAGAUUACACUUGAAAAUUUCAUUGGCCCAAACAAAUACAAACAUUACGAGGCUUAACAUAGUCACCGAACACUUAAAACUUUAGGUCCGGCGGUGGGGUAGACACGUUCGAUCGUCACUGAAGACCCGGGUUCGAUUCCUCACAUGGGUACAAUGUGUGAAGCCCAUUUCUGGUGUCCCUCGCCUUGAUAUUGGUGGAAUAGUGUAAAGGCGGCGUAAAGCCCAACUCACUCACUCACUCCAACACACAACUAUGAUGCCCCUAUCAAAUGCAUCACCAUCCAAUAAUCAAGUCUUGUUUGUCUCCUGUAGCCACCAUGACACAAGGGUUUAUGUUUGUUUUUAACCGACAGUUUGAUAUUGGCGUCAUAUUUAGUAAUAACGCUACAUUGGUAUCUGUUGCAAGUUUUUCAGGUAAUAUAUUUCGUUUUUGAAUAGUUUUUUUACGCUGUCAUCAAUGACCUUCAAUAUAGUUAUCUCCCCUUAUCCAACAAUUCUUGUCCAUGAG